AUGAUCCGUAAAAAUAAAUCAGUUUUUGAUCAGGAGGAGUUUUUCGCUGCGAUUGAGUUAAUUUCCAAAAACAACUUGAUUGAUCAGGACGAGAUUUUCACCAUCAUCCGCGAGACAAUCACCCGCACCUUUCACACCCGCUACGACCCCGACGCUCGUCUUGAGUUAAACAUUGAUCCGGAAAAAAACCUUUUCCAGUUAAUUAACCACAGCGUUUUAGUGGUCGAGGACGAUGAUUUUGAUCCGCGUAACCAAGCGAUUGAAAUUAGUUUGAGCGAGGCUCUUAAACUUAACAAAGACAUUAAAGUUGGGCAGGAAAUUGCUCGUCAAGUCAGUUUUCAGCAGUUUGCCAACCAAAUUAAACAGCUCUUAACCCAGACUUUCCGCGAGCGUAAAAAGCAAAAUAUUUUUGACCGUCACAAAGAUUUAGUCGGUCAAACCGUGGACGGAACCGUUUUAUCAAUUAGUCGUAAGGGCGACGUAGUUUUAAGUCUUUCGGAAGGGACCAACGCUUACAUGCCCGCUUCGCUGCGCAACCUUAAAAUUCCACUUUCGAUCGGGGAAAAAAUCAAAGUUUUUGUCGAGGAAGUUAAGCGCGAGGCUCGUGAUUCUCAAAUCGUGGUUUCCAACGGCUCAAAGGAAAUGGUGCGCCAAAUUUUACAGUCCGAAGUACCUGAAAUUGCCGACGGCGUGGUCGAAAUUGUCGCUUUAGCCCGGAUCCCGGGUGAGCGUUCCAAAGUCGCCGUGCGAUCAACCGAUCCUAACGUUGAUCCCGUCGGUGCCGUGAUCGGUCCCGAGGGAACUCGGAUUAGCGCGAUUGUUAACAAACUAGAGGGCGAAAAAAUUGACAUCAUCAACCAUUCAACUGACCUUGACAAGUUCGUCGCCCACGCGCUUGAACCGGCCAAAAUUGUGGCCGUGCAAAACAAAGUUGAUCAGUACGGUCGGAGCGUUCCCGGCACUAAAAUUGCCAUCACACCCCAAGUUCACCAAACUUUGGCGAUCGGUCGCCAAGGUUCAAACGUGCGACUGGCGGUUGAACUUACCAAAGUUAACAUCGACAUUCUUUCGCUUGAGCAAGCCCGCGAGCAAAACAUUUCCUUCGUUUGA